AUGGCUCAUGUACUCUUCGACAUUGUCCAGCAGAUAAUUAAUAAUCCGACCUAUGCCAAGGACCUCAAUCCAUUGCUCCCUCAUUUCCUUCGGGAAAUAAGCCUCGCUGAACACUUCUUUCCACCAGACAAACCUUUCGUUCACAUGUCACUUGUGUUCUUGAGGGAUGGCGAGCGUGCUUUGCGUUCGAGAUACCGUUCUCGACGCGUUGAAGUCCGGGUUUCCCACCCUCUCCUUGUCAGAUCGGAUUCGGAACUCGGCUCCAAGUGCAGACCGGGAAGACCGUCCCGGAAAAUCGCGUCAAUGGCGUGGGAACUGGUCGACGUGAGCGUUCGAUGGCAUUCCUUGGGUUCUAGAUUCUCUGUUAUUCCUCGACCUCCUCCUCCAUCGCUUAUAUCGUUCACCCCCAAGGAUGAACCAGCCGCUGGCCUUGGCCUUGUUAUCAUCUGA